CCUGCUCACUCUGUAAUUCGGUUAAUACAAAAUUAUAGUUUCAACAGCCAUUCGCGUUACAUUUCCUUACCUCAGAUUUCGUUGGAAAGUACUUACGUUUUUAUUGUGUUGUAAAAAUGGACAGCGCUCCAUUGGUCAAUGGUACUAAGGACGAGCCUUUGAUUCGUCCCUGCAACCAACCAGCGUUCAAUCAACACUGUGAAUACGCAAUCAAGAAACCACCAGGUUUAAUAUCAAAUCUAAGAAGAUCCAGCAACUUGACUAUCUGGAGUUGUUUCACUUACGUGUUUCCUGUGUUAAACUGGCUGCCAAAAUACAAUGUGAAAGAAGAUUUUGUAUCUGAUGUUAUUUCAGGAUUUACUGUGGCUGUUAUGCACAUCCCGCAAGGGAUGGCCUAUUCUAGCCUUGCUGGUGUACCGCCCAUUGUGGGCCUGUACAUGGCAUUUUUCCCUGUCCUGGCUUACUUCUUUCUGGGAUCGUCGCGGCAUGUUUCCAUGGGGACAUUUGCGAUUGUAUGCAUGAUGGCUGGUAAGCCAGUGAUGAAGUACUCUACGUCACCUGAUCACCCAGUAGCUACCGAUACCGACUUAUCAGAACAAAGCUACACACCAUUGGAGGUGGCUACCAUUGUUUGUUUGGUUGUAGGCAUAUGGCAGGUAGUACUCGGAAUUUUUAGACUCGGUUCAUUGAGUGUGCUCAUGUCCGAUACAUUGGUCAGCGGGUUCACCACGGGAGCAGCUGUCUUGGUGUUUUGUUCCCAGAUAAAGCACGUGUUUGGGAUCAAGCUGCCCCGACGGUCCGGCCAUCUGAAGCUCAUUUAUACAUGCAUGGACUUGUUCGAAAAUAUUGACAAAACUAACCCCUUAGCUGUCGUCAUGACAUUCAGUGUGAUAGCGAUGCUAAUCACAUACUUCCAAUUCAUAAAGCCUAAACUUCAUCCCUUUCUGAGAAAUGUGGUGCCAAUGGAGUUGAUAGUGAUCAUGAUAGGAACCUUCGUGUCAUACUACUUCAACCUCCAAGACACUUACAAUUUAUCCACCAUUGGACUGAUUCCUACUGGGUUACCAACGCCUGCAAUGCCACCUGUCCGGUUAAUCCUAGAUGUGGGCAUCGACGGGUUGGUCAUUGCCAUCGUUGCCUUUUCCAUUAACAUUUCGAUGGCUACCUUAUUUGCCAAGAAAGAACAUUACAAAGUGGACGCCAACCAAGAAUUGAUUGCCUCUGGAGUGGGUAACAUCGUAGGAUCAUUCUUUUCGUGCCUUCCAUUCGCUGCCUCGCUGUCUCGAAGUCUCAUACAACAUGGAGUCGGGGGCAAAACUCAGGUCGCCAGUUUAGUCUCCUGUGCUUGUAUCGCCCUGGUUCUGAUUUUCAUUGGACCUUCCUUUGAGACACUUCCUCACUGUGUUCUAGCAGGAAUUAUAUUAUUCGCACUGAAAGGUAUGCUGAAGCAGGUGAAAGAUUUCCCACCAGCGUGGCGACGUUCCCGAAGGGAUGGAGCUAUUUGGUUGAUCACCUUCUUCGCCGUUAUCUUGAUUGAUGUUGAUGUUGGGCUGGUACUUGGAAUCAUCGUGUCUCUUGUUGUGAUAAUAAUGAUGAGCCAAUCCCCCUAUGUCAACAAGCUUGGCAAACUACCAAAUACAGACUUGUUUCUUGAAAGUGAUAGAUAUAAUAAGGUAAUCCCAAUUCCAAAUACACUGAUUAUCCGAAUUUGUGGCGGCCUUCACUUUGCUAACAAGUCAAAUGUGAGGAGAAAAAUUGACAAGGUGCUGAAGAAAAGUAUUGCCGCUACAGCACCUGAGAGUCCAAUUACAAAACUUGUCAUUGAUAUGUCCUCCGUAACAUUUAUUGAUCCAGCAUCAACAAUGGCCUUUUUAGCCUUGAAGACGGACCUUCAACUAAAGAACAUAACCCUCAUUCUCGCAAGCUGCUCAAGUCAUGUAUAUGAACAGUUGAGGAGGGCCGAAUUCUUUCUUCAAUAUCCAGAGGAAACUAUGUUCCCAACAGUGUCUGAUGCUGUAAGUUCUUGAACAACGUGACUGGUGUUUUGUGUGUAUUUAGUGAGUUAGUGUGUGUUAUGUUAAUUAUAACUUUACAGUAAAACCUCUGUAAACGUCGCCUGCAGGACCACGGGUUGAUAGAGGUUCAACUGAAUAGGAGAGUCGUUUUUGCGUAUAGCUCUGUAUUUCGCAUGUACACCGCAACAAGGUGGCUCACCAUUUACUCAUCAUUGGUGAACAGAAUGGAACCGUUUACAGCUCCGUAGCUGACAUGUACGCUUUGCUGUGGGUUUAGAAAGUUUUUUUAAAAUAUUGAAUCUCCCGCUACAUGCGAGAUUAAGUAAGUGAUAAAGUUUUUUACCACAAGAAACAUAUCCGAUGCCGACAUUAAUCGCCAGAUAUCUAAAAGUUAUGGUCCUAAUGCAAUGAGUGAGAGUAAAGUUCAGAAAUGGGUUAGGGAGUGUACCAAUGGCUGUGAAAACCCUUUUCCUUUAUGAUCUUAUGUGAUAAGUCUGGGUACCCAUCAAAAACACAAUUCCUUCCAAAAUGGACAUUUUCCUAAACCCCUAACAUCUUUUUGCACUUUACCACUCAUUGCAUUAGGGCUAUAAACUUGGCGAUGAAUGUCUGCAACCAAUAAUGUUGCUUGCAGUAAACAAAAUAUCACCAACCUUAAAUCGCAUGCAGCGGGAGAUUCAAUAAUUUAAAAAAUGUUCUAGACACACAGCAAAGUGGACACAUCAGCUACAGAGAUGCAAAUGGCGCCAUUCUGUUCACAAAUAAAGUCAGUAAGCGGUGAGGAGCCUUGCUGCAGCAUACAUGUGAACUAUACACACAACAUACGGGGGCAUACGGGGGUAGGGGGUUGUACCCUUGAUUAAAAAACCACCUCGUACUAUUUCUUGUUUCAAUCAACCAUAAUUCUGUACAACUGGCCAAACAAAUCAGGUUUUAAUUGGCAAAAAGCAAUAUCGCUAUCCCAUGCAUGUUGGUUUUUAUAGACUUGACUAACUUUGUAAAGGAAAUUUUAAAUUAUACAUAAAAUAAUUUUUUGCUAGUGAUGUAGGGUUGUGGUUGUUUUAAACCAAGAACUGUAUUUUACUUAACAGUAUUUUAGUUUUUUAAUGUACUUAAUCUAAGACUGAGAACUAAGCAUGAAUAUAUAAUAUUUAUAUAAAUGUAUUUGUAUGUAUGUGUAAAAGAAUCACACAAAGAAAACAUUUUUCUCUAGUUCGCUCAAAGAUUUGGUAUAACAAAAUUUUAAAAACAGAUUUUUACCAUAUACGUAUAUCUUCUAGUUGGCAUAUUUUAAAUAACUUAAAUUUCAAAUACCAAAACCAAGAAUUGUUGAGUAUAUGUUUGACUCAACCACAUAAUACACAGUAUCAACUGUUUAAAUUAUAUUUUGCUCAAAAUGUUAUAUAACUUUUGGGUGAUUUUCGUGACCCAAAAAACCCUAAAAUAUAGUUACGCUUUGCAUACAAGUAUGUUUAAAAAAUGUUUGUGGUUCUCAACACUUUACAUCUGAAAUAUGAAUUCUUACGGUGCUUAGUUAAGUAGAUUGAUAAAUGUUUUUGAUGAUUUAUUUUUGUUGAUGUGUCAUGUGCCUUAUGAUAGCUUGAUAGUGUACUCGUAUUAUUUUAAGUAUCUGUGAUUUCACAUUUGCCUUAAGAUGUAGUAUAAAAAUGAAACAUAAUUACGGUGCUGUUUACUUAUUUGUUUAUCUAUUGUUAGUUUCCUCAGAGAUUUUAAUCAAUGUUAUGUUGGUUUCAAAGAGUUUUUGUUUCAAUAGUUAAUCUCCUCUUUGAAUAACUCAUAGGGUACCACUCUAUGUCUAAGUGAGUGUAGAAUAUGGAAUGGGUAUAAACUGAACCCAUCAACUAGUCUUAUUUAAGUGUUAAAGUGAUUUGAACAGGUGUACUGAACUAUUUAUGUGCUUAUCAGCUUAUAAUAAUUAUAAAAGAGUUCACAUAACUUAUGCUUCAUAAAACUCUUGGCCUACAGUAGUGUGAGUGGAUUGUCCAUAAAUUAACAAAAAGUAACAUAACCAUUUAGCCUUACACGGCAAUUCAGUAUACAUUCUUGUGCACUUGUACAGUGUUUGUUUGAGUAUGGCGUUAAAUGAAUGCUUGUUACAGACAAAUUUGUCAUAGUACAGAAAAGUAAGAUACAGAGGAAACAUGCAUAGGAUGACAGUGCGCUUUUAGCUCCUAGUAUGUUGUGUCAAAAAUAUACUUGUUACGAGCACGGAAUACCCCGCACUGUGUGAAAAUUACUAUUGCACGGGAUGCAAGGUCUUCCUCCACCAUUAGUGUUCUAGUACAUGAGGAAUAGGGGUGGUGUUGGACUUAGCCCUAGACACCAGCGGCUAGUGCUAGACACCACUUAAGCGGACCAUUUAAUGUUUCCUCUGCACCUUACUACUCUGUGGCUGUUAAAACUAAAUGUAAGAAUAGUAGAAGACCUAUACUUUAAAAUGAUACAUUAAAGUGACCUUCAUAUUUAUCUCAGAGCAGGUUAAAUGUAUAGUUCUAGGUUUAUCAGUUGAUACGGGUUCCUGUACUUGAUGCCAAUGUUAUUAAUACAAUAUAUUUAUAAUUGUUCAUCUUAAAACAAGGUACCUGAGAGCUUAAAAUGAAAAUAUAAUGUGUUUCAGCUAUUACAUUACCAUGUAUGAUUACUAUGUUGAGCUAUAGGUAAAAAUUAUAUCCUUCCUGGACACUUGAUUAAAUGUUAUAAAGAUUCCAACAAAGUAUUUGUAUACUUUUACUAUCUAAGAACAGGUUAAAGUUCUACGAAUGUUGUUCAACAGCUUUAAAUAACAAUAAGUGUUGAUAUAACUUAAUGUUUUCAUGAAUCUACUUUAAGUGCUUUAAUUCAAGAAAUUACAUAAACACUGUAGGUUAUACUCUGCACUAACGUAUUUAAUAUGUUCUUGUAACGUAGUAUAACAUUAAUAUAUUCUGUGAUAUUUGACAUUACGUUACUAUUUGUAUUUAUUAAUUUGACAGAUACAUUCAAGGCAAUAAUUGUUAUUCACCUAAAUGUGUUAGAUUUUUGUAGUAGUCUUUUUCUCCAAAUGUAUAAACAUUUUCUGAAUGUGUGUUUGUUCUUGGGCAAAAAAAAAAAAUGUAAAAUUGUGAUUUGAUUAUUUAGUAUUUAUUAGUUAGCUAACUAACCAAACAUUGAAGAAAUAAAUCUAAAGUUAAUAAUUUAUAAAUAAUAUGAAUAUUACAAAUGUUAAAAAAGAGAAGAGUUGUUGGAUAUUGAUUGUUCAUUUAUUCAAAUAAAAGUAUUUAUUUGUUGUUUGAA